UUGACUUUCUGCCCGGCUGUGGAAUGAAACCGAUCCGCGUGUCCACGUGUUUGUGCUAUUUGCAUCUCAUUUAAAUAUGAGACAUCGUCUCGCCUAUCGGCUGACGCUAGUCUCAAACGCAAGCUCCAUUGGUCAGGUUCGAGUGUGGAAGCACAAAUCGGGAAAACCGGUCGCUUUGUACCCGCCCUGCCAGACACGUUGCCUUGGGAGAAGUAACACGGGCACUCGAUUGCAGGUCCUCAUCGCUGAAACCACGUCCCUCACAUCAGCAACUCACUCCCCAAGUAUCCUGGAUUUACCACUGAACAAAGGAAAGUAGCUAGAGCCCCGCUCCAUCCGAGUAAGGUCAGUGAUGAUCAGGAUUUGUUAGAGCCUGCAGAGCAGCAGAGGAUGUCUUCCUCCGAUUCAGACUAUUCCAUUGAUUGGCUGGCCAGUGAUGAGGAGGACGCCGAGAGCGAGCAGGGCCUGCACCAAUACCAGCGCUCGGACUGCGUGAGGCGGGCCACCUCUUCCUCCUCGGCCACCCCCGGGGUCAAGAGGUGCCUUUCGCCCCCCUCGUCCGAGGACAGUCGGGCGUCAUCCUGCGCCCGCCACGACUUCUGUGAGGACAGUAGCAUGGUGAGGGAAGAAGAGGAGGAGGAGGAGGAAAGGAGUGCGGUGGGGAUGAGUGACCGCUCCACCUGUAGCUCCCCCUCCAGCUGUAUGGGCUCGUGUGACGGAGUGGCCGAGUCCCGACGGGAGUGGCCAGGUGCAGGGGUGAGCGGCGGGGACAAGCCCAGGCAACCCUGGGAUGCGGAGAGCCCCAAAAAGAGACUGGCACGCAAGAGGGCCCGCAGUUCUGGGGGCCCCGAGCAGAGAGAGGAGGGGCCCCUCACACCCCACCAGAGCGAGAAAGACCGACUGUUCGCCAGCAAGUGCAUGGAGCUGCAAAGCUAUAUCCCCCCUCUGUCCUCAAUCUUGAAUGGCCUCCGACUGGGACGAUAUAGAGAACGCCUCAGCAGUUUCCAGGAGAGUGUGGCCAUGGACCGCAUCCAGAGGAUAAUGGGUGUCCUGCAGAACCCACACAUGGGUGAGCGCUACAUCAACAUCAUCCUGAAGGUGGAGGAGAUGCUAAAGAGUUGGUUCCCCCACAUCAAACCUGUCCAGCACGCCGACAAACACACAUCAGUGGGCGAGAUGGAGCCCCUCUCCAAAAAACAAAAGUUCUCCCCGGCUGCACUGGCUCGGCCCGUCGUCAUGCGGCGGGCGCUGUGCGUGUGGGAUCUGACGCCCCCCGGGCCCUACUCGGCCACCAACCUGAAGUGGCUGCACACGUCGCCCAUUUGUUCGCUGACCGCCGAGCAUGCCCAGGGGACGUCCCUGCGGACAACGACGGCGACGGCGGCGGCAGCAGCGGUUCCACCUUCCCAACGGGACCAGCCUCACGCAGGACAACGCAGUGUCCUCCAGCACGGACGCCGCCAAGGGCACUGUCGCCGGCGGCAACAACAACAACACCACGCGCGGCAAAACGGACUCACUGUCGCUACGGCAGGCGGCGCGGCCCCGGCGGCCCCAGGCAGACCCCCACUGGGGAAGAUCAACGCUCCCUGUCUGGAGAGACUUCUCAAGGCCACGGAGAGCAUCAUCACACAGAGGGGCACCGGAGGGGUGACGGGCAGCGGCUGGUCCUAGUCCACAGCCUCGGGGCUCCGAGCCAGAACCCGAAUACGAACUAGAACCAGGCCAGCACUGCCCCCACAUGGACACACACACACAAACACUCUCCCACAUGUUCCCCACCAUGGGUCCCCACCACUCUGGUCAGAGGCCAGAGUCUGUGUGCUCACGCCGAACCCCAGUCCAGCCUUCGGGAGAUGAUCGAGAGAGGGAGAUGGACUGAAAGAAAGAGAGAGAGAGAGAGAGAGAGAGA